GAAACCCGUUGCGGCUAUCGCAGGAAGUCUUUGCAAAUAAAAUUUUCUACCACAUUUGAUUUUAGAGAAAACGUAAACUUCCUUUUCCGCUUUUACGCCAAUCGAAACCAUGGCUGACGGCGUAGCUACCAUUAGAACUAGAAAGUUCAUGACAAACAGAUUGCUUUGCAGAAAGCAAAUGGUUGUUGAUGUACUUCACCCUGGACGUGCUACUCUUCCCAAGACAGAGAUCAGAGAAAAGUUAGCUAAGGUUUACAAAGUGACAGCUGAUGUUAUUUUUUGCUUUGGGUUCCGCACACAUUUUGGUGGUGGCAAAACUACUGGAUUUGCUUUGAUUUACGAUACUCUAGACAAAGCCAAGAAGUUUGAGCCCAAAUACAGACUUGCUAGGCAUGGACUUAUAGAACUCAAAAAGCAAGGUCGUAAACAAAGAAAAGAAAGGAAGAACAGACAAAAGAAAGUACGCGGCACUGCUAAAACUAAAGUUGGUUCUGGAAAGGAGAAGAAGUCUUAAACAAGGUGAAUGUAUAUCAAGAUGUGAUUUCAUAGCUGUUCUUUGUGGAAUAAACAUUACAACAUUA